AUGUACUCUACUUUGGUUCGCCUCGCAGAGUCUGUGACCGCGAAGAGUUUGGACCUGCGCCAGGCGAGCGUUGCGCUACACCCGCCAAUUCCCCUAUAUCGCAGAUUACUCAGGGCGCACAGGAGGCUCCCAAUUGAAAUGCGUUUAUUGGGUGAUGACUAUGUCAAAGCUGAGUUUAGAAGGCAUAAAGAGAUUACCAAUCCAGUACACGUCAUGGGAUUCCUGACACAGUGGAAGAUGUACUUGGAUGAGCUACCUCGAGAUCCCUCAGACUCGAGAAGUUUCAAAAAACUAGAUCCCACGGUAUACGAAAAGAUGUCUGCAGAACAACUUGGACAGUUGUAUGAGUUCAUGCACGCGACUAAAGAGAUAUGGAAACCAGUGAAUGACGAACAGGCCCACUGA